CCUCAAAGUUUAAUUUCACUAUGAUUUCAAUCUUUGACAUGAUCUUACUGAGUCAAUGUUAAUUUUAAAUAUAUCAAUGUUGUAUUUUGUUAUAUAUGUAAUAUUUUUUUUUAAAUGAGUUUGAAUGUGAAGUAAUCUUAUAUUAGGCUACAAGGCAGGCUAACACGUGUCUGAUAAGCAUAUCUUAGAUUGCACACGACUGAACCAGCCCACAAACUGGACAUCCAAUAGCCUGCUAAGAGGUGUGGUGAUGAUGCACAUUUAAAAGUUUCUCUGAGAAACCAUCUGUUCACAGGACUUCUAAGCUUGUGUUAAAGACACUUGUCAGAAAUUACACAGUCGCAAACAUGGUUCAGUGGACAGACUUUGAGCGCACCACUCUUCAGAACAUCUUCUCUAAAAUAGACCUCGAUGCCCUUGGUCAUCAGGCCUUGGCAAGAUGCCUUGUUGUCUACCCCUGGACCCAGCGUUACUUUGGUAAGUUUGGAAACCUGUACAACGCCGCUGCCAUCCUGGGAAACCCAAUGGUUGCUGCUCACGGUAAAGUUGUCGUUGGUGGAUUGGUGAAAGCUUUGAAGAACUUGGACAACGUCAAAGAGACAUAUGCUGAAUUAAGUGUGCUGCACUCUGAGAAACUCCACGUAGAUCCUGACAACUUCAGGCUGUUGGCUGACUGCAUUACCAUUGUUGUCGCUGCACAACUGGGAGCUGCAUUCACCCCUGAUGUCCAGGCUGCUUUACAGAAGUUCCUCGCUGUUGUGAACGCCUCUCUCAGAAGACAAUACCACUAGAGACCAGCAAUGCUUUGACUGAUAAACUGAGAAUUUGACAUCUGAUGUUUCAACAAAACAUUUUGUUCUUUUGUGUUAAAGCAAAUAAAUGUUUCAAUAUUUAAUAUUCAGUGCCUUCUGUGUUUGUUUUUUACAUUUAUGGGUUUGCUGCCGCUGUAGACAAUAAAAAAACCUCAAAUCUUGUACAAGUUAUUUUUAAUAGAUCAGGGCCUUGGCCCGGUUCCCCAAAACGUUCUUAUCGCUAAGUAGUUCUUAACCUAUUCCGUAACCUCUCUCUUAACCCAAUGGCACGAUUCCCGACACGUUCGUACGCUAAGUAUAUCUUCUGUAAGUAAGCUGCUUCCUCAUGUAAAGCUGCUUUGCAACAAUUAACACUUGUGAAAAGCGCUAUAUAAAUAAAUUGAAUUGAAAUUGAAUUAAACUCUCUGAGCGCAAGUCGCUAGUCGCCGCCACUGUGCAGCAGUCUUUAGAAAUCAGCGCAGCGCAGUACAAGUCAAACUAUGGUAUGUUGACAAUGAUUUUAUGUUAUGGACAUUUUAAGACUAAUAAUAUAAUAUGUUUGCAAUGGAUACAGGACUAUUUAUGCAUUU